AUGUCAUUACAGAAGCUCACAGCAGAAUUAUAUCAAUUGUUCGAACGCGAGGAAUAUAGCCAAUGUCAAAAGAUAUUGGUUCCGGUGAAGAUUGAAUUGAUUAAACACAAUUUAUUGGUUCCAUUACCAUCAAAUACAUCAACCAAAGAUCAAUUAAACGAUUUAAAGAUUGCGGAAAGAAUAUUAGAAAUUGGAACGUUAUCAAGUUUAUUGGGUAAUAAUUAUCAAGGAUUUGAAAAUUAUUUUGCUCAAUUGAAACCAUUUUACAUAAAUGAUAAAUUACACUCUAAGAAAGAAAUAGAUAGUGACGGAACUAAAAUUAUAUCAUUAUACUUAUUAUACUUAUUAUCACAAGGAUUAAUAUCAAAAUUCCAUAUAGAAUUAGAAAGUAUUUAUAGUUCAACAAAAUAUAACGUUGAAAAAGAUCAAUAUUUACAAUUUCCAAUUAAUUUGGAAAAAAAUUUAAUGGAAGGUAAUUAUAUUAAAAUUUGGAAAUUAUUGAAAAAUGACGAACAUGCAUUACCUUGCAAAGAAUACAAUCACUUCAUCGAUACUUUAACUAAUGCAUUGAGAUUUGAAAUUGCUAAAUCUUUAGAAAGAACCUAUGAAUCAAUACCAAUUUCAAAUUGCAAAAACUUGUUAUACUUUCCCCAAGAACAAAGUGACCAAGUUUUUGAAAAUCUCUUGAAAAAUGAAUUGGAAGUUGAAGAUUGGCAAUUCAAUAAUGGUAAAAUUUAUUUCAAUUCAACUAAAAAUGAUUCUGAUUUAACCUCGGAUAACGUUGGUAUUAUUAAAAAUGUUUUAAAUUACGCCGAACAAAUUGAAUCAAUCAUUUAA